AUGACAGCUCAUCGGAACGAGCAUCACCAUCAUGAGCCACACAAGAAGAUCAUGGAUCCGCGAAAGCUGCUAUCGCGGCGAUACUCCCUCAUGUUCUUGCAUUUCGGCAUUAUUAUCGCCCUCAUCCUCGUCUCCACAUUAAAUGUCCGCUCGGCCAUCCUGCUCGGAAUCCACGGCACCUCGGCGCUCAUGUUCCUGAUCUACGUCCCUCCCUCCGCCUGGCUCACAUGGCGCGAAGGGCGAAACGGCACGGGAUAUGGCGCCAAAGUGAAGAAGAAGAAGAGCAAAGGGGCGGUAGCUGCGGCGGAAGAGGGCGGUGGUGGCGAGGCGGAUGUGGAGCUGGAGGGGUGGGAAGGAGGAGUGAGAAGGGGCUGGACGUGGGACUGUGCGGGUCUCGAGGUGGCUUAUUUGGGCAUACAGUGCGGGGGAACGCUGGUAUCCUCGGUGCUCUGCGCUCUCACCCUCUCUUCCUCCGAGUGCUUUGGUCCCGAGUACAACACCGGCUUCGUCCUGGACGAGUUUGCGCUCCUCAAAGAACGCGGUACCGGCCACUGGUGCAACGGCGUCAUCGGCGCAACGAUCCUCUCGUUUGUGCAAUUCGGCCUGGAUCUCGCCUGGCUCGGCUGGGUCAUCUCGGUCGUCCGCGCAGGUAGCGGGGUACGGAGCGGCGCAGAGGGCGCACUGCUGAGCCGGCGGGCCAGUAUAGGCGUCAGCGCCCGACCAGGGUCAGCUUCACCGGACGGACAAGUGACGUCGCCCGGCGCAGGGCUCGUCAUGUCGCCCACAUCCACCGUCUCCUCCUCUGGCAUGCCACCUCCCCGUCUCCAGCCCCAACCUCACGUAUACCAUCUCCUCCAGACCCUCCUCACACCCACGCCGCGCCUUCUCACUGCGCUGGCAGAACGUCGGAAGGCGGCCGAAGCGGACACGAAGCGCCGAGAAGCGGGCGCAGUGGCAGUGGAGGCACCCGUUCACGUAUGGCAAGUCGGCGCCUCAUCCGCAACUCCUGGAAUAAGGAUACCCUCAUCGCCUGGGGUCCGAGGCGUGAGCGAGAGCCCGAUAAGCCCUGUCUCUGGUCGAGACUUUGCGAGGCGGGACGAGGCGGAGGGCUCGGAACUGCCUCCGCAGGAUCUGGUCCAGAGUGCGGUGCCAGCAGGGGACCACCAUGAGGUACCCCCGCCGUACCGUGAGGGUAUGGACGUGCCGGUCUAUCCGGGGUCAGCUGUUCGGUAG